GAAAAUCAUCGUCGGCGGUUGCUCCGUUCUUUGUGGCUCCUCCUCGAGCGGAAAUCAAACAAAAAUCUAAAAAUUUUUUUGUAUUUUUUUUUUGUAGUAGUAACAUUUAAGGAAAAACGCAACCGAAUCUAAAUAAAUCUUAAUUGAUUUCUCCAUAGGGAAAUUUUCUAGAAAGAAAUUUGCCAGCAAAUGGAAAUAAAAAACUAUUUUUUUUUUUGUAUGUGCAAAUAAUUAAUAAUCAUUUUCAAGUGCAACAAUUGUGAAAUCCAGCCAAUGUGUGCAUGUGGGCGUGCAAAAACAAAACUAUAAAAAUAGAGAGACAAAGAGAGAGCGAGAGAGAGAGAGAGCGAGAUCGAGGGAGGGCGAGAGAGAGCCAGUGGGGCUCUUAUCAGCGAUCGCAACGAAAGAUCUCUCUUUUUUCGCAACUUCAGCGGCACCAAAGUUACGGAUCCAAUUUCCGGAUGGAAUAAUAUUGUGUCUAAAACAACAACCAAACAAACAAACAACAGAAAGCAAAAGAAAAGCCCAGAAAUCAAGGUUUUCUUAAGGGAAUAAGAAAAGCGCACUAUUUUCAGAGCUGAACGAAAGCCAAACCAAACCAAGACAUAAACUUAACGAAACCACAGUGAACGAAUACCAGUGUUGGCUAACAAUGCGCACAACUAUCGGCCGUGGCCCAAGGUUCAGCUACAACAGCGUCCAGCACAAGGAGGUGAUCACCUAAGCCCACAGCCCACAGGCCACAGGCCACAGGCUCUAACAAUCGAAAAGCAGUGACAGAACCCAGUGAUAGUCCCAGCUAAAGCAUCAGAUAGGCCACACAUUCCAGUGAUUAGUGAUCAGAGAUCAAUAAUCAGUGAUCAGUAAUCAGUGAUUAGCGAUCAUGUCGUCGGAUACGAACUCGUGCGCCAGCUUCUUUGCCCAGGAGCAUACCAAUGCCACACUGUCGCAGUACUUUCAGCAGCUCAACUCUCAGGUGGCUGCCGCUGCGGCCGUGGCCAGUGGCGGGGCCCCCAGCAGCAGCAACAACAACAACAACAACAACAACAACAGCAGCAGCAGCAGUGGCAACAAUAGCAGCGGCAACAGCGACAGUGGCAACGAUGGCAGCCUCACCGGAUCCACGGGCACCCUGGAUAACCAUCGCAGCAGCGUCAGCAGCAAUGAUUCGGGCAAGAGCAGUGCAGAGGGCGCUGGCGGUGGAGGCGGUGCCAGUGGCAGUGGCAGUGGCAGCACCAGUGGCGUGAAUGCCUGGGCCCUGCAGCAGCAGCAACAGACGGCAGCGUUGCACCACCACCAGCAGCAACAGCAGCAACAGCAACAGCAGCAACAUUUACAACAGCAGCAGCAGGCGCAUGCACACCAGCAACAUGCUGCCGCUGUGGCUGCCGCGCAGAUCCAGCAGCAACAACACACACAUCACGCUCAACAGCAUCACCCGCACCCGCACCCGCACCACACCCACCCACAGCAGCAACAGCAACAGCAGCAGCAGCAACAUCAUCAUCACCAGCAACAGCAGCAGCAACACGCCCAACAGCAGCAACAUCACGCCGCCCAACUGGCCCACACCCUCUCCUCGGCAGCGGCAGCCCCCGCCCCCAACAACAACAACAGCGGAAGUGGAAGUGGAAGUGGAAGCGGCAGCACCCACUCCAUCUUCGGAACCGGAAAUUUCCACUACAAGAGCAACAACUCGUGGACCCUGCCGACGCUCACGUACCAGAGGCUCUACCAGGAGAAUCCCCACUACCAGCGGAGCGCCUUCAUGGAUCCCCAGGGGAAUGGGGCGGCAGCAGCAGCAGCAGCAGUGGCCGCUGCCGGCUGCAAUGUGGCAGCAGCAGCUGCGGCCGCGGCUGCCAAUGUCGCUGGUGGCGGUCAGGCCGUCGUCAAUGCGAGCUCCAAUAGCUCCAGCAGCAACACUCCAUCAGCGGGAGCCCUCAAUCCCAACAGCAAUGUGGUGGCCAGGCAAAAUAGUAGCAACAGCAACAACAACAGCAGCAGCAACCCCAACACCAACACGAAUGUGUCCUCCGUGGAUCAUGUGGCAAAUGCAGUGGCAGCGGCAGUGAUUGCCAACGAGCAUCAGACCCAUUUGAACAGCCUCAAGGCGAGAUUUCAGCCAUCUAGCUCAGGCAGGAAAUCACCAUUUUUGGGUUUUAUUUGCAAAGCAAACGGCAAAUCCACAUCGAAUAGCAAAGAAAUCAUCUGUCCAGAUGACAAGUACAAGGAGGAGGGCGACAUCUGGAAUGUCGAGGCACAGACGGCGUUUCUUGGCCCAAACCUUUGGGACAAGACACUGCCCUACGAUGCCGACCUCAAGGUAACACAAUACGCCGACUUAGAUGAAUUCCUGUCGGAGAACAACAUACCUGAUGGCCUGCCCGGCACCCAUUUGGGACACUCAAGUGGUCUGGGCCACCGUUCCGAUUCGCUGAGCCACGCAGCGGGCCUGUCGCUCGGCCUGGGCCACAUAACCACAAAGCGGGAACGGUCGCCAUCGCCAUCCGAUUGCAUUAGUCCCGACACGCUAAAUCCGCCAUCGCCGGCCGAGUCAACAUUUUCGUUUGCAUCAUCGGGCCGUGACUUCGAUCCGCGCACCCGAGCCUUCUCCGACGAGGAGCUCAAGCCCCAGCCGAUGAUCAAAAAGUCACGCAAACAAUUCGUUCCAGAUGAGCUCAAGGACGACAAGUACUGGGCCCGUCGGCGAAAGAACAACAUUGCGGCGAAGCGAUCCCGCGAUGCCCGGCGCCAGAAGGAGAAUCAAAUCGCGAUGCGAGCACGCUAUUUGGAGAAGGAAAAUGCAACAUUACAUCAGGAGGUGGAGCAGUUGAAACAGGAGAACAUGGACUUGCGUGCACGUCUAUCGAAAUUCCAAGAUGUGUAAUGAUAAAUACAAUUUUGUGACUUGGCCUGAGGACACCACAACAAUUAAAUAAUGAUAAUUGAUAAAUGAUAAAUGAUUAAUGAUAAUUGAUAAAAUAACAAUAAUCAUACGAGUAAUUAUGAUAAAACCACUACUAAUAAUGUUUAGUAAAAGCAGACAUGAAACCUACACUAAAUAUAAUAUAUAUAUA